UACGUCUCAACCUCUCAGCAGUCCGACCUCUCUUGAGCCAGUCCAAGAGAUCCGUUCAACGUCGAGGCGACGCUCUUCGCCGCUUCGCGUGCCCGUUUCUUGUGUUUUUGUUGUGUGUGCGUGAACAUUUUUCCACCGGAUUCGGAUUCGUUUUCUUCUGCGUUUGGUGUUUCGUUCUGUGUUGGCAGUACCAUCACCGGCCUUCGUUUCCGUCACGCAGGUGCAAAAUUGUGAAGAAUAGAAAGAUAGAGCAGCAUUUGGGGAAGUAAAUGUGGCACCGACCACACCACAACCGUCAGCAAUGCAACAGUAUGGACCGCGCCCACUCCUCCACCUCCCAUCACCAGCAGCACGGCGUCACCCUCCAUCCGGACAACCUGACCGGGUCGUAUAUGCGCCGCUGUGCCCCCCAGACACCCCCGCACGUACGUCGGGCUUACUUGCACUUCCCGCCACCACCUAAGUAUCCCCCAUCGCAUCCAUCCACCUCCAAGAUGGCCGAUGAGCAUUUCUUGAGCGCCCCCGGCCCGUCCACCUCCAAGCAGGCGGACAUGGGAUGGGACAUGCCCAACGAUUACUCCUAUGCGUACUACGAACCGGGCCCACCGACCAGGCACACCAACGUGCCCAGCAAGUACCCGGGAACGUACCGGGAGGGGUCGUACAGGACCAGGCACACUUACAUGACCAGUUGUAGGUACGGAACCGAGGAGAACAUCUACGAGGAGAUCAGCGACAUAGCCAGAGCAAGACUGAGACCGAUCCACCAGGACAGCAUAAUGUCCCUGAAUCAAAGUUUAGUGGAGGAGGAGGUGAGGCGGGUGCAGAGCGGCCACCGGAGGGUGCUCGGCGAGCUGAACCUCUCGGUGGAGGCGAUGCUGAUGCCUUCCAACUCACGGGAGGGCAGCGACGACACCGACAGGGAGAACGAGAUGGACGAUCAGCUGGCCGAUCUGCUGACCGUCGGACCGACGGACGAAUUGUUAUCGCCAGUGCCCACCGUUGAUCUGGAUAGUGGUUUUAGUGGCAGUUCCAGUGGUGCUAGUUACCGUAGUGCGGCGGGCAGUUUGCGGCGCGGUCCUGAGAGACCCAAGUCAUCGAGUUCGUGCGGACCGAGGACGUCGACGCCGGCCGACGCCGCCCCCAACAAAACGUUCUGGGGCAAGAAGGCAUGGAAAAAGAUCGCCGCCUUUCCCAGCAACAUUAGUCUGAAUAAGAAUAAAGAUGAGCCCCGCAUUCGGUCCGGCACAUGGGAAGAGCCGGGAUGCGGUGAACACCACCGUACGGCACCGACGCUGGCCCACGGCCGCACCCUGCAGCACACCGUCUCCCAGCGCAGCUCUGAGGACAGCUGGUGCUCGGGGUCGGAGCCCGAGCUGUCGUCCGACGACGAGAGCGACAGGAGUGCCGCGUCCAGCAGUAGGAGCAACGGUCAGCUGCGCAACACACUGAACAAAGCGCGUACCCUCUGGCGGAGCAGCGGCAGCGGAGGCGCGGGCUCCCAGAAUCGGCUCUCGCUCGACGGUUCCCUGCCGGGGGACGCGUCGCCCCAAAGCCCGGCAAAUCAAGGAAAACUGUCUAGGUGGUUUUCGAUACGGCGGGGCAGCAGUCACCAGUACGAUGUGGAGGGUGCGGACGGGCAAAAGGUGGCGCCGACCGGCGCCAACAAAAUGCCCCUACUGCCUGAGGUGGAGGAAGAAAGCGCCAUCGCCUUCCCCAAUUGCACCCCACAGCAACGCAGACAGCUGCCCCCGUCAUUGCCGCCGCCCCCACCCGAUCUGAAUCCGAAUCAGCAGAAGAGGAGGAUGAUCGUGGCCCAGAUUGUACAUACAGAAAAUUCUUAUAUUGCAACCCUUCAAAGACUAGUUCAUGACUAUAAAAAGCAUUUAGAAGAAAGUAAUCCCCCAGUUUUAAGCACGUCGAAAAUAGCCGUGCUGUUCCAUCGACUUCCAGAGAUUCUCCAGUGCCAUACGUUGUUUAGGAUAGCAUUGGCGGAGUGCGUGCGAAAUUGGGACAAGGAAGAGAAAAUCGGAGACGUGUUUGUUGCCUCUUUCUCUAAAGCCAUUGUCCUGGACAUAUACAGCGGGUUCAUUAACAAUUUUUCCGUUGCCAUGGACCUGGCCAAAAUGGAGGCCAAACGUAAAUCAGCUCUUGCAGACUUUUUUAAGGUGAAACAGAUCAGUUCUCAUGAUCGGUUAUCAUUUUUCGGACUUAUGGUAAAACCUGUUCAAAGGUUCCCCCAGUUUAUUCUGUUAUUACAGGACUUGCUGAAGUAUACGCCUCAAGGUCAUUAUGACAGGAUGUCCUUACAAUUAGCUUUAACCCAGUUAGAAUCCUUGGCGGAAAUGCUCAAUGAGCGAAAACGUGAGGCUGAACAAUAUCAAGCCUUCAAAGAAAUGUUAAGGAACAUCAGCGGUAAAUUUGCGGCACGUCCUUUAACAGACAAUAACAGAUUCCUAUUGCGAGAAGACAACGUUACUCAAAUUGAAUAUAACCAAACGGGAAUGAUAACGAAGACGAAAAGUCGUCGACUGCUGCUACUGAACGACUUAGUAGUUUGCGUGUCAGUGGCCUCCAAGUCAUCGGAUGAUUUUGGCGCCAACGAAAGACUGAGUCUCAAGUGGACUUAUCCAGUUUCCGAAAUAGAAAUUCUGGAUACUAGUACAUCUCCCACUUUGAGUCGUAUUCUGACUGCCGGCCAUUCCAAAGGUGGAAGCCUAAAAUCCAAUGGGUCUUUUGAAGGCACUCAACCGCAGGACGCCAACAAUCUUUGCAAUGAAAUGAGUCAAUUGAUGCAUGACUACGAGGUGAUGAGUCGAAUAAAUGAUUUGACCGCCCAGUUAAGAGGAACCUACAAAGACAUCAACACGGAGAGCACCAGAAGGAUUCUGCAACAAAUCCAAACCUCAAUCCAGCUGAAAGACGAGGAAAUGGCUUGGGUGGACUCUUGCUGUCUUCAACUGAUGGUCAAAAACAAGGGCAAAGAAGAAACUUACACGUUUCAAACAGAUAACCCCUCAAUCAAGAAGGAGUGGAUAACCGAGCUACGACUGGCGCAACUGGCUUUGGAUCCCAGUAAUUCACCAGCCUGGGAAGUACCUGAACAGGAACAGAGGCCGUCUACAAAGAUGCCACUAUUCGUACGAGCACAACCUGUAUACUCGUCACAGCAUCAAACAGAGGUUCGCUGUGGAUGCUAUUACUCAAUAACAUUGCCAAAGCCAACGAAACGGCGCCACCGCCAGCAGAGUUAUCUGUGGUUGUGCGUUUCAAACGGAGUGAGCAGUCACAUAUCAGUUCUAGCUCAACAUCAUCAACACACGGAGAUUCUGAAGGACGUAACCUCGUUCUCCUUGGUGGAAACGCAAGUGACCGCGAUGGAAUUCGUGAAAGGCUCUUCGUUUUUGGGCCCCAACUUAGCUGCUGACGCAGUCUGGAUGGGCACGGUUAGUCGGAAGAUAGUACUGUACGCGGCGGACGAACCGGAGAAACAAGAGGAGCUGGGAUCGGCGACGGUUUCUGACAUAGUCAUGCAAAUUAAAUACCACUGUGAUAACGUAUACGUAGCACUGGGCAAUGGAACUCUUUACGUGUAUAGAAAGAAUCCCGUCGAUGGAGCGUGGAUGUUGCAAGAGCCGCAGAUUGUUAAUCUGGGCACAGAUCCGAUAUCGUGUCUGUUGCCGAUAAACCAGUGCAUGUAUGCGGCCUGUGGCAAGAAGGUUUGGGUGAUCAACGGUGCUACUGGAGAAGUGCAGAAAAAUUUCACGAUCCAGCACGAACAUGUCGGAAAUGUGAAUCUGAUGGCUCACAGCGGUAUCGGCCUAUGGAUCUCGCAGAAGAAUUCCAGUACAAUUUGUUUGUAUCACACUGAGACGUUUAAGCAUUUGCAGGACAUUAACAUUGCGUCGAUUGUGAUGAGGGUUUCCAGUUCGGCUGGCUCGAGGGAUACUAUCAACAAUAACAGAACGCAUGUCAGUGUUACGGCAUUGUUGGCGUGUAAGGGACUUUUGUGGGUUGGCACCAAUGUGGGUAGAACUCUAACUAUUCCAUUGCCGAGACUAGAGGGUGUUCCGAUUAUUAGUGGUAGGGUUAAUAUUUCUUAUCACGCACAUUUUGGACCGAUUACUUUCCUACUGGCACUACAACCAAAGAAUUACAAUAAUAAUCUAACGAAAACUUUGUCUAGAGAAAGUAAGGAGGAUUCCAAAAUCGAACCAGACAGUCUCGAGAACAGUUUCACGGAAAAGGCAGAGAGUGAACGGCCUAAAAUGGAAAAACAACUUUCGGAUGCUUCCGUUCAAAGCAUUUCAGCAAAACUAAAGUACCAAUUAACUAGCAGCCCGAUAGUAUUGCGUCGCAGACGCUCUAAAGACAGUGACAUCUCCAGGCUCAGUAAAACGUUGCCCCGAGGCAUGGGAACUGGAGGAUCAAUCUUUUCCACCAGCAGCACCUCCUCACACAGUUCAGGUGACACUUGCAACGUCUACGGUCUGUACGGCGACCUUAUGUACGUAAAAGACUACGAAAGGGAUGAGAACAUCCUCACGGAUUCCAUGUACGAAUCGAGACGUCGCAGCGACCCGGAACUGGCGGCAAUUCCCAGCAAAGUCAGCACCCUGGAUCGUAGACUAAAAAUGAAGGCCAGCAGACCCAGAUCGUUGGACUUGUCCAAUUGGUCCGUGGACUCGCGAUCGUCCAGUCUCUGCACGUCUUCUGGUAGCGAGGAGAGCAUGGCGGUAAGGCACGGAAUGCACGGCAGGAGCAUCUCGAGGAACAAUUCGAACGCGAGCAGGCAACUGAACGGUGUUAGUGAGAACAACGUGACGGUGAUCGAAAAGGAACCGCAACCGGCACCGACCGCCGUCACGGCCAGCAAGACAAAGACAUUAAGCAAGAGCAGUGCGUUCGACAACGGUCGCAGGACUGUAAUCACUCUGAUGGGCGGUAGGGGUUACGUAAACUGUCGGCCGCCGUGCUGUUCGGCCGACAAGACCAAAACUGUCACGCCUGUCCGGGAGGCGAACAGUAACGAUGCCCACAUCGUUAUCUGGGAGUUGAAAUUGUGAUUUGAUAAGGAAAAGUAACUGUAGAGAAAUCUGUGUAUUUUAAUAUAAAUGAUAAAUGUGAAUAUUUCUAUUGUUUUAUUUUAUAAUGUAAACGAUGUCAUAUUGUCUAAUUUAUUAAAAAUUCAUGUUUUUUAUUUAUUUUUUAAUGUCAUCACAAAAGAUAUUUUGAGAAACAUCAAUGUGUACUGUUAUAUUUUAUAAUAGUUGUAUGUACCUAUUAUAAUAAAUUUAUUACUGUUCACUGUGUUAUAUUAUUAAAGUAAUUAUUAAAA